UAUUUUUUAAAUUAUUUCUUUUAUUAAUGUUUUCAUUUCAGUAGUGUAUUUCCAAUUGAUUUAAAGGAUCAAGUUUUUGCCUCCAUUAUAGACUAAACGUAUACAGUGCUAUUUGAAAAUUUAAAUAACGUAAUUUGCUUUCGUCUAGUACUCACAGUCAAAACAAGUAUCAGGGCUCCACGUUUCCUCAUAGGAUAGAAGUGAACAAGACUCUCUGAACAUUUAAUUACUGCCUCUUUUAAAUACAGCUUGGCCUUACCGUACUUACAUUCGCUACUUAUCCUGUGGCUGCAAGGAAUCGCAUAACACUAGCAUAACGUUAUUACUGCUCAUCAUCUAUCCCAAUUAACAACAUUAGCAACUCGGCAUACUUUAGCUUAUUUGUUAGUUUCGGGUAUGUUUAAUUCAGCCACUAUAUUAUCCACUGUAUUGUAUAUCGCAGACCUCUGGAUAUAUCCUCACAGUAUCCUCCUCAUGCUAAUAUGAGCCACGAAACUGAUCCCACUCAAUCUCUAAUAUUCAAUCAUUAUAGCUACCACCAUCACUUUUGAAACUCUAGUAUCUAAACCAAUAGCGUAUUAACAGUUGAAGGUCAGCUAUACAUAUGUAUAUGGCUACUCAUGGGGCUAUCUUCGUCGUCCUCGUCGCCACCCAGGGAAUAUUCCCUGAACUAGACACCUUAUUCGCCAUUUAUUUAACCUAAUAGAUCAUACAUACGCUCAAUCAGCGUAUCCAAUGCCACACACUAGAUAUCCAUAUCGAGCGGCCACUUCCAACUUAUUCUUGAUAUUGAAUUUGUCCUUAAUCAUAUAGCAGUUCCAUCUACAUUAGACAUUACAAUAUUCGAAGCUAAAUCAGCUUUGGCUAUUCUCUAGCUUUUUCGCCUUUAAAUACAUUACCUCCAAUACAUAUUACAAAAAAAUAUUAUGAAUGGUUUCAUUCACUGUGCAAAUUUUGAUAUAUUUGUGUUGGUGUUGGUAUGCCCAAAAAAAGAAUUGAAUAUAGUGGUUGGCGGUGUCAAUCUUGAUAGCGUUUUAAAGUUAUGUUGGUACGUGUCAAAAAAAAGAAAUAUGUUAUGGUUGCUGGUGUCAGUUUUGAUAGUGUUGUAAAGUUGGUGUCAAUUCCAGUAAAUUUGUAAAAUCAAUUUAGGCAUGGAGGUUUGACUGAGGAUUCCCGAAAGGGAUGAGGUAUGUAAAAAGAAGAUUCAAGGCAUCGUUAGAAAGGAUUUUUUUCUUUGUUUUUGUUGCGGCUCAGUAACGGUUAUUUUUGAUAGACAGUUCUCUCUG